AUGUUCAGGUCAUUCCUCGCUAGGCCGGCACUCACCCGGCAAAGCACAGCUGUGAACGAUGCCUUAGGAGCCUUCGCUCCCACCAGGUCGGUCCGACGAAACCUUCAUCUUGCUCCGCCCUUCCUUCUCGAUGACUAUAUACCUAGAUACCACAUUAUUUCCUCAGCCAACGCCGCGAAGAAACGAUCUGCUGCCUACGCCCACCUCCGCCAGUGCAACCUCUGUCCUCGGCUCUGCAACGUGAAUCGCUAUGAGACCACGGGACAUUGCCUGAUUGGUGCCGGAACCGUCAAAGUAUCGACUAUCGCACCCCAUUUUGGCGAAGAACCGUGCCUCCAAGGACAUCAUGGAUCCGGCUCCGUCUUCUUCAGUGGGUGUAAUUUGCGGUGCGUAUUUUGCCAGAACCACGAUAUAGCACAUCAAAAGGUUGGAUUUGAUCUCACACCCGAUGAACUUGCGGAAUGGAUGAUGAAGUUGCAGGAGGUGGGCCAUGUACACAAUAUCAACUUUGUGACUCCGGAACAUGUGGUUCCCCAGGUGGCUUUGGCAAUCCUAAGCGCAAGAGAGAUGGGACUUAAGGUUCCCAUUGUAUACAAUACCAGUUCUUUCGACAGCCUCGAAAGCCUUAAGCUCAUGGAUGGUUUGGUCGACAUCUAUCUCCCAGAUUUCAAGGUCUGGAGUAAUGACACAAGCAAAAGGCUACUAAAGGCAGACGCCUACGCCGAUGCUGCAAGGGAAAGUAUUCAAGAGAUGUACCGACAAGUCGGCGAUUUAUGUUUCACUGCAGAUGGUAUCGCCAAAAAGGGUGUGCUGGUACGUCAUUUGGUUAUGCCGGGCAAAGAACAAGAAGGCGUGCAAAUCAUGAAUUGGUUGGCUGAAGCACUCGGAAAAGACGUCUUCGUCAACGUCAUGGAGCAAUAUUAUCCAGACGCCCACGUCGGUAAGGAGAAAAGAGGAUCUAAAGCCAGCAAGGACAAGAGAUACGCAGAAAUCAACCGAGCAGCUAGUCAUGAAGAGGUUGGAAUUGUUCAAAAGGCCGCUAGAGAUGCUGGCAUCUGGCGAUUCGCUGAAGCUGCAAGACACGGUGGAUGGAAUAUUUGA